AUGGCCCGCUUAGAAGAUGACGAUAAGCAUCCUCUCUGGAAGGACUUCCUUCAGAUCGUCAAACUCCUCAUUGCUCCAUUCAACCCCAUCAUGGAAUUCACAAGGAAAGCUGGCCCUAACGGCACGGCCAAUGGCAUGUUUCUGUGCCUUGUUGUCGCCUUUUGGCUUGGGAUGUCUAUUUUCUUCUAUUACAAGGGAAUUGUGGGUGAACCGGCCCUUGUAUGGAUUUCAUUUCUCUGUUUUCUAGUGGCUGUAUUCUGGAUGAUCGUCAUCCGGAUAGCCAUUGAGAUGAGGCAAGAUUUCGAGCUUCAUGGGUGGCCGAAUUCAGAUGAGUACGUCAGACUAAUGCAGGGCAUUUGGCGGAACUUCACUCUGCUUAUCAGACUUCUCUCUGGCCCAUACGCCCUCAUCCUCGCGGAAGAAAGAAAAGGGAUAUUCGAUACGGUUUAUCAUCUGGCAAUGUGCCUUUGCAUCACCAUCCCGUACGCGGGAUGUCCUUUCUUUUUCGUUAGGGCGUUUCUGGAUACCCCUCUCACUGAAUUUAAGAAGGACCAUUGGUGGUCUUUUUUCUUCUGUUGUUUUGCCGCUUCUGUUUUCUACCUUCUGGUUGUUGUGACUACUGGGCGCCCUGGUCACCGUCUACGGCGAUACUUCAUUGCGGUCGUCAGAUCCAUCACCGCUCCAUGCAGCCUCCUCAUCGUCAAAGCGGGAGAGUCCGGUAUCGCCUUGACUGUUUAUGCGAUAUUCAGUUGCCUCCUCGUCACCUAUCUUCUUACGCUGUCAUCCUGGUUCAUUUACCUUGCUCUCCUGGAUCACAGUCUGGACAGGAUCUGCUUCUGGCGCGCCUCUGUUGUCUCCCUGUUUGCUGCUGGUUCUAUCUACAUUCUUACCCUUACAGUAGUCUUUGGGUCCACGAUGAAAGAUCGUCAUCGAGAGAAGUUGCUUGUCGCUUCCCUCCUCGCACUGUUGGGCAUUCAGUAUGGAUCAACCUCGCAGGGGAAUGGUCCCGAACCUCAAACGGCAUCCUCCCCUGUUCCCUCUGAGGCGGCCAUGGAUGCGACAUCUCAACCAAACCCUACCGCUGAUCCCCUCGCCUCAGCCCAUGACAAUCAGUUUCCUAGGGGUUAA